AUGCUCUUAUGCAUCGGCAUAAUCUCGGCGGUGGUAGCUUAUUCGACCCCAACUGCUCUUUCUCAUGCUUCUAAGGGCCAAACUGCUCUUGUGGUCGUCAAUAUAGUAGGAGGAUUGGGAGACAUUGGUUGGGCGGCCAACAUAGGAAGGGAGCUGAAGAAGGCCACUGGGAUACAGCCGACUUAUCUAUUCGUGGGAAGUAUUGCGUGGGAGACCAUCGAGCACCUGAACAAGAGAAGUGAUCUAGGCGGUGCACCUGAGAUUAUUCAUGAUCUGAGUGAAGUGGAGCCGGGACAGAUAGGAGUAUAUGUGUGCGAGACUGCAGGGCCUACGAUGGAAGAUCCAGACCCCAAGGAGAUUGAUGCCGUUGGCAGAAAAUUCGACUGUAUUGUUCUAUUCUGUCUAGAUUGGAAAGCCCUGUCUGCUCUGAAUGGCCAGUCCACCAACGCUGAGAAGAAAUUCAUUCCGGUAGAGGAGUAUGGGGGCUCGGUAGAGGAGAAUUCCCAUCAACGAAUUCGGAUUUUCUUCCAGGACUACAAAGAGAAGUACGGGUUAGCUGUCUCUGAGGAAGACUGUGUGCGUCUAAAGCUAAGUGCCGACGAGUUCUACAACAGGCUGGGAGAAAAGGCCAAAAAGCAGUUCAACUUAGAGUAUGUGAAAGAAUUGGAAAAGAAGAUAGGUGUAGGUGUGCCGUACAAUUUUGUCUAUUACAACUUGUUUGCCAGACGAAACACUUUCGAUAAUCUAGUUAUACUGCUCAAACGGUCCUUGGUCCGGAUUGCUAAGCUACAGGGCCAGAAUAAUAAGAAUUCUGACAAACCCAUUACGUUUCUGGUGAACCAGCUUGAUCUUGACAGAGAGGCCAAACUUGAAGAGGACCCGCAAAAGGCUCUAGCUCAAGCACAUAUAACGUUUGGGAGUGAUGGGGUGCAGCAGCUCUACCUGGCAGAAAUCAAUAAAACAGUCCGUCUGGUGUCUUACGCCAAUCUCUCGCCAGAAGCUUUCGAGUACUUCCUACUAAAAAGUGAACUAGUCGCAGGCUGUACAGGCGACAUGUCUCUUACCCAGGUGCUGUCGUCCAAGCGAAUCCCAGUGUACGAGGUUCUCCCACAUAAGCAGUGUCUCUACACAGACGGGUUGAAUGCCCCAUGGAUAGAGGCAUUACAAGAGAUCGACAUCUCGGUGGAAAAGGAUUUGGAAGCAUUCCCAGGGCUCGAAGAGGAUGCUACAAAGGUUUCCUUCUCGGGAAUGAAAGUACUGACUCCAGAAAAUGUAAGGCAGGCGUAUCCUAUCUUCCACUCAAAAUUGCUGCAGAACGCCUUCUCGCCAUGGUUCAAAAAGAGGGUGGAAGAGAUUAUGAAGACAAAAGAGCCCAAACAGCAUCUGCUUGCGGAGCAUUCAGACAAAAGCUUAUCUGAUUCGUAUUCUAACCCAAAGCCAAUGAUAACUUCAUCUGCAUAA